CAGAAACCGACGUUAAUGACCGAUGUUUGUUAUGCUACAAUUAGCAGUCUUUCCUCAGUAUGCCUGCUGAACGCAAGCGCUCAGUAAACAUGGAUGAGAAAGACGUUUGCACCUCCAGCAGCAAGGAGAAGGAGAAGGACAGAGAUGGUGAGAGAAGACCAGCGUCCGCCCGAGACAAAGCCAAAGACGAGGCCAAGAUGAGCGGCAAGAAAGACGGCGGCAAGGAAGAGAAGAGGAAGCGCCUGGAGGAGGAGAAGAAGAAAAGGGAGGAAAAGGAGCGGAGAAAGAAAGAGGAGGAAAAACUGAAAGCGGAGGAGGAGCAGAAGAAGAAAGAGGAAGAGGAGAAGAGACAGCAGGAGGAGGAGGAGAGGAAGCUUCAAGAGGAAGAGGCCAAAAGACAACGUGAGGAGGAGGCAGCUCUCCUGAAGGAAAAGGAGGAGGGACAUCAGCUGCACCAGGAGGCCUGGGAGCGCAAUCAGUGCAGGAAGGAACUCCGCAGCAAGAACCAGAACGCCCAAGAGGGUCGGCCCGAAGAGGCCUUCUUCAGCCGCCUGGACUCCAGCCUUAAAAAGAACACGGCCUUCGUCAAGAAGCUGCGCACGCUCACCGAGCAGCAGCGAGACUCACUCUCCAACGACUUCGGCUCGCUGAACCUCAGCAAGUACAUCGGCGAGGCCGUGAGCUCCGUCGUGGAGGCCAAGCUGAAGAUCUCCGACGUCGGCUGCGCCGUUCACCUGUGCUCCCUCUUCCACCAGCGGUACACCGAGUUCGCCCCGUUGCUGUUGCAGGCGUGGAAGAAGCACUUCGAAGCCAGGAAGGAGGACAAGUCGCCCAAUGUGAGCAAGCUGCGCACCGACCUGCGCUUCAUCGCCGAGCUCACCAUUGUCGGCCUCUUCACCGACAAGGAGGGGCUUUCUCUGAUUUACGAGCAGCUGAAGAGCAUCAUCGGGACGGACCGGGAGACGCACACCCACGUGUCGGUGGUGAUCAGCUUCUGUAAGCACUGCGGAGACGACAUCGCCGGCCUGUUGCCCCGCAAGGUCAAGCUGGCCGCGGAGAAGUUCGGACUGGGCUUCCCUCCGAGCGAGAUAAUCACCAUCGAGAAGCAGCAGCCCUUCCAGAACCUCCUCAGGGAGUACUUCACCUCGCUCACCAAGCACCUGAAGAAGGACCACCGCGAGCUGCAGAACACCGAGAGGCAGAACAGGCGGAUCCUACACUCCAAAGGGGAGCUGAGUGAGGACAGACACAAGCAGUAUGAAGAGUUUGCCACUUCCUACCAGAAGCUGCUGGCCAACACUCAGUCUCUGGCUGACCUGCUGGAUGAAAACAUGCCCGAGCUUCCUCAGGACAAGACCGUGCAGGAGGAGCAUGGCCCCGGCAUCGACAUCUUCACCCCCGGUAAGCCCGGAGAGUACGACCUGGAGGGGGGGAUCUGGGAAGACGAAGACGCCCGUAACUUCUACGAGAACCUGGUGGACCUGAAGGCCUUCGUCCCCGCCAUCCUCUUCAAGGACAACGAGAAGAGCGGCCAGGCCAAAGACAAGGACGACGCCAAAGAUGGCAAAGAGGUGAAGGACGCGGCCAGCACCACCACCGAGGAGCUGGAGCUGGAGCUGGAGGCUCUGGACAUCGCAGAUGAACCUCUCGAAUUGGAGGGACCAGACGAGGCCGAGAACGAAGAGCUGGCCAAGAAGCUGCUGGACGAGCAAGAACAAGAGGAUGAAGAGGCCAACACUGGGUCCCACUUGAAGCUGAUCGUGGACGCCUUCAUCCAGCAGCUCCCCAACUGUGUGAACAGAGACCUCAUCGACAAGGCUGCCAUGGACUUCUGCAUGAACAUGAACACCAAAUCCAACCGCAGGAAGCUCGUCCGAGCUCUCUUCACUGUCCCCAGGCAGAGGUUGGAUCUUCUGCCCUUCUACUCUCGCCUGGUGGCAACUCUUCAUCCAUGCAUGUCGGACGUGGCUGAGGACCUCUGCUCCAUGCUGAAGGGGGACUUCAGGUUCCACAUUCGGAAGAAGGACCAGAUCAACAUCGAGACAAAGAAUAAAACCGUCCGGUUCAUCGGGGAACUGACCAAGUUCAAGAUGUUCUCAAAAACCGACACGCUUCAUUGUCUCAAGAUGCUGCUGUCUGACUUCACCCAUCACCACAUAGAGAUGGCCUGCACGCUGCUGGAGACCUCCGGACGCUUCCUCUUCAGAUCCCCCGACUCUCAUCUGCGUACCAGCGUCCUGCUGGAGCAAAUGAUGCGUAAAAAGCAGGCGCAGCAUCUGGACGCCCGCUACGUGACGAUGGUGGAGAACGCCUACUACUACUGCAACCCGCCGCCCAUGGAGAAGACGGUAAGGAAGAAGAGGCCGCCGCUGCAGGAGUACAUCCGCAAGCUGCUCUACAAGGACCUGUCCAAAGUCACCACGGAGAAGGUGCUGAGGCAGAUGCGCAAGCUGCCGUGGCAGGACCCCGAGGUCAAGAGCUACCUGAUCUGCUGCAUGGUCAACAUCUGGAACGUCAAGUACAACAGCAUCCACUGCGUGGCCAACCUGCUGGCCGGCCUGGUGGCCUACCAGGAGGACGUGGGCAUCCACGUGGUGGACGGAGUCCUGGAGGACAUCCGGCUGGGCAUGGAGGUCAACCAGCCCAAGUUCAACCAGCGGCGGAUCAGCAGCGCCAAGUUCCUGGGCGAGCUCUACAACUACCGCAUGGUGGAGUCCGCCGUCAUCUUCCGCACCCUCUUCUCCUUCAUCUCCUUCGGGAUCAACCAGGACGGCAGCCCCAGCGCCCUGGACCCUCCGGAGCACCUGUUCCGCAUCCGCCUGGUCUGCACGCUGCUCGACACCUGCGGCCAGUACUUCGACCGCGGCUCCAGCAAGAGGAAGCUGGACUGUUUCCUCAUCUACUUCCAGCGGUACAUCUGGUGGAAAAAGAGCACCGACGUUUGGACCAAGGACCACCCGUUCCCCAUCGACAUCGACUACAUGAUCACCGACACCUUGGAGCUGCUCAGGCCCAAGAUGAGGCUCAGCUGCUCCCUGGAGGAGGCCACCAAGCAGGUCACCGACCUGGAGAGGGAGGUGCUGGUCAAACUAGGUCUGGCCAUGGGGAGGGACGGCCGCUCCAGCGCCAUGAGCGAGGAAGACGACGACGGCGACGACGACGAAGAGGGCGGCGCCGAGACCGAGGAGCAGUCGGGCAACGAGAGUGAAAUGAACGAACAGGAAGAGGAUGAAGGCUCUGAGAACGAAGAGGGGGAGCGGGAGGAAGAGGAAGAAGAGAACACCGACUACCUGACCGACUCCAAUAAAGAAAACGAGACCGAUGAGGAGAACAACGAGGUUACCAUCCGCGGAGGUGGACUGAAGCACGUGGCGUGCGCUGAGGACGAGGACUUCAUUCAGGCUCUGGAUAAGAUGAUGCUGGAGAACCUGCAGCAGCGCAGCGGCGAGACGGUGAAGGUGCACCAGCUGGACGUGGCCAUUCCUCUGCAGCUGAAGAGUCAGCUGAAGAAGGGCGGCUCCAGAGAGCCGUGCAUCGGAGAGGACGACGCCGCCGACAUCUCCGACACCAUGCAGUUCGUCAUGCUGACGCGCAAAGGCAACAAGCAGCAGUAUAAGAUCCUGAACGUGCCGCUGUCGUCCCACCUGGCGGCGAACCACUUCAACCAGCAGCAGGCCGAGCAAGAGGAGCGCAUGAAGAUGAAGAAGCUCACUCUGGACAUCAACGAGAGGCAGGAGCAGGAGGACUACCAGGAGAUGAUGCAGUCCCUCGCUCAGCGUCCGGCUCCGGCCAACACCAACCGGGAGCGCCGGCCUCGCUACCAGCACCCGAAAGGUGCUCCCAACGCCGACCUCAUCUUCAAGACCGGAGGAAGGAGACGCUGAUUGGAGUCUGGGUCCGGGCUGAUCGAGCGAGCAAGAGAGCGAAUGAACAAGCAAGAAAGAGAGAGAGAGAAAGAAAUAUCGGAGGGGAAGCCGGUCUAAACAGGGAACGAGUCCUCCAGAUGCCCCCCCCCUACUCCUUUCCUUCCCCCUGAACCCGGGACAGACCAAAACCCUGAACCGGAUCACACACUUCUUACCCGACGAGGAGAGACUAAACCAAAAGGGUCAGAAGUCCCGUGGGGGGUGAUGGUGGAGGUCAAGACAGAUGGCUCUCUUUUCUUUUUUUGUCUGUUGCCUGAGAUGACAAAAAAACUACAACAACUGUCUGGAUCAGAACUACAAAGAUGACUGAACACGUGAGCGGGAUGGACGGCGAUGGGCGGGACAGAAAGUCGGAAAACGGAGUCGCCUCCCGCCGCCAGGUGGAAAAAACAACAAAAAGUGACUCAUAUUUAGGAGUUUAAAAAACCUGCGAGUGGAUAGAAAGUUUACACGAGACUAGAGAGGGACGUUUUCUUUUUCUGUUGUUGUUUUGCAACUUUUAAAGUGAAAACGUGGGAACACUGUCGACGGAGACGGAGGGCAGUGAGGUUUUAACACCGGUCACGUGUUAGUACACAAAGUAUGUGUUUGAAAUGUGGCCGAUGGUGCGAGACUGUAGUGUCGAUUCAGAGUGUCGUUUUCUGGUUAUAAUGAAAAUAUUAAUUAUAUCGUUAUAAUUUGGUAACACUUUGUGUUUCAGGUCGGUACAUUUCUUGACAGAACGACAUCGUUUGGCGCCAAUAGACGAUGUUCUGAGGCAGCUGUUUGAGCCAUUAGUCAAAAGUACUCCGGGACUACUUUGAUGAUUGAUUAAUCAUUUCUUAAAGGGACAGUACACCCUAAAAUCAAAACCACAGGAACUUUUUUUCUUUCUACGGAACUACAUUCACCGACCGUAUAUCACCGGGCAGAAGGAAGCUCAGUGACCCGGUUGGUGGAUGUAGUUCGGUAGAGAGAAAAUAGUCCCAACAUGAAAAAACAUGAUUUCUGAAAAGGUGAACUGUCUCUUUAAAUCAUUAUUUCUAAAGAAACAUUCCAAACUUCUGUAGUUUCUCCAGGUGAUUAAUUCUGUUUAUAUUAUUAUACGUUUAAUAUUUUGGAGGUUUCGGGCAGUUGUAAUUGUUUUUUUGUUUUUUUAUAGUUUAUAAACCAAAUAAUUAAUUGAGAAAAUAAUCGGCAGAUUAAUUCAAAAAUUAAAAACGAUCAUUAGUUACCGCCUGAGUAGAAAACAUUUUUAUUUAUAUUUAUCACUAAAUCAAAUACUUGUUUCCAGGAUCUUGCCUUUAAAUAGACAUUUACUCAAAAUUAUGGGAAAUGAUGAAACCCGUAAAAUAAAGAGUUACCGACUAUUUCUUUUGAUAAAUGCUUAAAGAAGUAAUUUUGACAUAUACCUGCAGUUAAUUGUCAGAUACAGCGGCCUACCAUCCAGUGCGGUGGUUCGGGAAACAUGCUACUAACCGGAGGAGCUCAUGUCCUGUACUGUGAAUAUGUGAAGCUACAGCUGGUUAGCGUAGCUUAGCACAAAGACUGUAAACAGGGGGGAACAGUUAGCCCAGCUUGAACUCAAAGAAAAACAACAGCGACAGAAUCUCAAACCAUCGGACACUUCUAUCCUUCUAGAUGUUUUAUUUUUGUUCUCUUCUCAGAUUUAGGAGCAUCUAAAGAGUUAGAUUUGACAAUAUUCAGCUUGCUUUGAUUUGUGAAGUGUAACGUGGUAAAAGAAGCUCUUUUCUUCAGUGGAUAACCGUGUGCCUGACGACAUCAUCAUAGAUUCAUUUGAUCUGAUAGAUGGAUAAAUAUACUCUGCUGCAUGGCUCUUUAUGUCAUUUGUAGUGAAAAGCGUCCAGCGGCGGCUCCGGUUUAGUUCAAUCUGUGUCUAGAUUCCUGCAGAGAUAAAAGAAGUAGCUUCCUGUGGCUUUGUGUCUGAGCUCAUGACAGAACUAUCUCAAUAAAUGUAUGAAGAUAACCGCUG